AAUCUUCAGCACUCAUGUCAUAAUUGGAAUGCGAAUUCUAAGAACGCUUUACGAUAUUAGAAGCAGCGAAAUUCGAAUUGUGUCUUUGUAGCGAGUUAGGAGUUGAAUGUUUCAGCAGUGUUUACAGUGUGUGCAGCGACUUUUUGCGUUUAUUAUGGGACAGCGACAAUCUAGUAGAGAGAAAGUGGAGGGAGGAGUUGAGUGCGGGGACGGAGCCCAUCGCCGACCAGCACUGACUCCAACCGACCACACGGCGGAGCUCCAUCCUCGUUUUGACGAGACGCCUGUGGUGGUUGUAGAGGGAGGUAGAGAGGAGAAAGGAGGGAAGAAAACAAAAAAGAAGAGGCCAAAGAGGAGGGGUUUCAAGAGUUUGGCCUCUUUUUUCUCUUGUUUAUCCCCUCCCAAAUCCACCAGAGCUCAGGUGGAGCAGGGUGAGGUGGACCAGGACACUAAGACCCCAUACAAGAGGAGCACUGAGGAUCAGACUUCUCUGCAGGACAUUGUCUUUUCUGUGGAGGACAGUGUUCACCAGGAGCCUCCUAUCAGUGAUCCUGAUGUCCUUCCCGCUGCCGUGGAGGUAGUAGUGGAUGAAGUCCAACAUGAAGAUCAAGACAGUCCAGUCAGUUCGUUGGCAGAUGUGAGUGAAUCACAACUGCUGAAACAGCUGGACUGUACUGAGCUCAUAAAGACCAAGGAUGACAUUCGAAACAAGUACUCCAUCGGCAAAAAGAUGGGUGAAGGAGGAUGCGGCUCUGUUUAUGAAGGGACCCGCUGUGAAGACGGCCUUCAGGUGGCUGUGAAAUUCACAGCGAAGAUUGAAAACGAGCCGUACAUUAACCUUCCUGACCUUGCCAAUCCAGUUCCCCUUGAGGUGGCCCUUACAUUGCUGGCCAAUCAAGGGCCCAGCUGUAACAACAUAAUACAGCUGCUAGAUUGGGAAGACCAUCCUGACCGAUAUAUAAUGGUCUUAGAGCUGCCCUCACCCUGCAUAGACAUGCACCUGUUUUGGCUGCGUCAUGACAGAGUCUUCUCUGAGCUGGUGGCCCGUUAUUUUAUGCGCCAAGUGGUUGACGCUGCUGCUGUUUGCUGUUCUCGGGGAGUCUUUCAUCGGGACAUUAAAAUGCCAAACCUCUUGGUUAACACAGAGACCCUGGAGGUUAAACUAAUUGAUUUCGGCUGUGGAGACCUCCUGAGAUCAACAUCCUACAAAACCUACAGUGGAACAGCAAGGUACUGCCCUCCGGAGUUUAUUGACAUAGGAGAGUACCAUGGGAAAGAGGCGACAGUGUGGUCAUUGGGGGUCCUACUAUUCAGAAUGAUCACCAGCCUUUACCCAGACAGCAGUGACAUCUGUUACAUGGACAUUGAGCUCUGGUCCCAGUCGGGCUACUCAGAUGAAUGCUGCCGUUUUAUUCGGGGUUGCCUCAAGAGCAAUCCUGAGCAGAGGCUGCACCUGGAUGAGCUGCUCUCUCAUGACUGGUUCAAGAUACCACAUCUAUCUAGAUGAGCAGUUCCACAGCUCUGUGUUAAGGCUCUUUCAACCUCCCUGGUCCCAGAGGUUUCUGCUAAAGCUGCUGUUGUU